UGACCAUUACUAUUACUCCGUCUUUCUUCACACCUAUAUAUAAAUGUUUCCACUCUUCAUUUCUUUAUAACCCUACUUUUCUUCUAACUUUCUAUACCAUUCAAUUCUCUUAUUUUUUCUUCAUAAUAUUUCUUGUUAGAAAUACAUGGAGGAAACUAAGAUACCAAAAAGACCUAGAGAAGCCCAAAUGGAAAAAGAUUUAGAUUUUGAAGAAUCCUCAAAGAAACACAAACCAUACAACCAUAUACUCUCACUUCUUGAUCUUGAUUUAGAGGAAGAGGAAUCCACACAAGACCUCUCUCCUAUGAUCACAACCCUCCAACAAGAAUUAACUUGUGCUUCCAACAAUUACCAAGAUACCCUUUUGGUAUCACAAAAUGACCAAAAUAGCCUCACUUCUUUUGGUUGCAAUAUUUUAGAAGACGAUUCUACCCUUCCUUGUUUUUCUAGUACUACUUGUCAACAUGUCUUGAAAGAAGAGGAGGAGGAAGAAGAUGAGAAAGUAAAAGUGAUGAGACAUCUUCUUGAAGCCUCUGAUGAUGAACUUGGAAUUCCAAGCACUAGUGGAGAUGAUUAUGGGCUAGUUGGGUUUGGAGGUGAAGAUUAUGGAUUUAACGGUGGAGAUGAGUUUUCUUCUUUGUGUGAUAAGUUAUGGGAACUUGAAGAUGAAAGAGCUAAUUAUUAUGAUUUGUUACAAUCUGAACUCUUUCUGUGGGGACAUUAGAAAAUGAAAAUUGUCAUAAGAUGGAAUUUAGAAGUGAAAAGUGUUAUACUAGUAAAAAAAGAAAGAUCAUGAAGGCAAUUUUUUUGUUGCUUCUUUAACUUUUUUUAUUUAUGAAGUCCUCUUUUGUAAAGAUGUGCUUCUUUGUUGCCGCUGGAUUAAUGGAGUAGGUAUAUCUUCACUUGGCACAAUAACAUUACUAUAAGUUAAUACUAACUUAAUUAGAGACUAAAAUAUAUUUUAUAAAAAAUUUCAUCUUAUUUUAUUCUUACUUAUUUGAA